CCGAAGAAGCAUAACAGGAUAACGCUCCCAUCUUCACAUUCUCUCGACUGAUUCAGACUGCGACCCACUUUGAAGGCUUUGAGGUUACUCCUCCCUCCCUCCCUCUCGAGCUUCGAGUGGUUAUCACCCAGUGGUAUUAUAAUGCAUUAAAAAAAAAACAACAACAGAGAGAACUCGAGAAAUUGAGAAAGACAAGUCUUCACCCUCCACCAGUUUCUUCAAGACAACCCCCUCUCACCAACCCUCAAUUAAACAAACAAUUGCACAACCUACUUCCUGGAUUCGAACCUGCUAAUGUUGUUCCUCUCUUUGUUUAUAUUUCUAUCUCUCUCUGCCUCGGUGUUGCGAAGGCAUUGCCAUAGCCUGUCCUUUCUCUCAUGAACCCUUUUCGCCCCCACAAGAUUCCUCUUUUCAACUCGGAAACAGGGGGGCUAGGAAUGAAGGGUCGCAAGAGCAAUGGCCUCUCCAUUUUUGUCGCAGUCUUCAUCGUUUUCCUCCUUGGAAUGGUCAUGUACAGUGAGGACGUUAAGUCCAUCGCGGAGUUCCCAUUCUCAAGGUUCAAAGUUCAAGAAAUCCCCGGGGGGAAAUCUAAACCAGCUAAUUCUGUUCAGGUGAUUGCCAAGAAAGAUGCAGAAGGUACUCUCACAGUCACAGUUUCCAAGAACUUUAGAGAACAGGAAUCAGAGGAGACCCAGGAGGCGAUCGAUGUGAAGCCAAUUGUGGAGGAGGAGGGGAAGGAGAAGACUGAAAUGACAGUUUUAAAGGAAGAGAAAGCAGAAGAAGAAAAAGAAGCGGAGGACGUCGUCGAAUUGCCGCCAGAAGAGUGUGAUUUGUUUACAGGGGAAUGGGUGUUUGAUAACGUGACCCAUCCUUUAUACAAAGAAGACAAAUGCGAAUUCCUCACAGCACAAGUGACAUGCAUGAAGAACGGAAGACCUGACUCUAUGUAUCAGAGCUGGAGAUGGCAGCCUAGAGACUGUUCUUUGCCCAAGUUCAAGCCAAGACUGUUGCUUGAGAAGCUUGGAGGGAAGAGGCUUAUGUUUGUUGGAGAUUCACUGAACAGAAACCAGUGGGAAUCAAUAAUAUGUCUAGUUCAGUCUGUGAUUCCUGCAGGCAGAAAAAGCUUAAGCAAGAACGGUUCUCUCACCAUCUUCAGAAUUGAGGACUACAACGCUACAGUGGAGUUCUACUGGGCCCCAUUCCUGGUAGAAUCAAAUUCAGACGAUCCGGCGAUGCACAGCAUACUGAACCGCAUAAUCAUGCCCGAAACGAUCGAAAAGCAUGGGGUGCACUGGAGGGAUGUCGACUACCUCGUCUUCAAUACCUACAUAUGGUGGAUGAAUUCCGGAUUCAUGAAAGUAUUACGAGGGUCCUUCGCUGAAGGGUCCAGUGAGUACGAUGAAGUGCCUCGGCCAAUAGCGUACGGGAGGGUUCUGAGGACUUGGUCUAAAUGGGUGGACGAUAACGUUGAUCCAAACCGCACCAAGGUCUUCUUCAGCAGCAUGUCCCCUCUUCAUAUCAAGAGUGAGGCUUGGGGCAACCCGGAUGGAGUAAAAUGUGCGAAGGAAACGAUGCCGGUGGCGAACAUAUCAAGACCACUGAACUUGGGGACGGAUCGUGGACUGUUGGUGAUCGCUCAGAACGUGACGCGGAGCAUGAAGGUGGGAGUGAACUUCCUCAACAUCACUACCUUGUCGGAAUAUCGGAAAGAUGCGCAUACUUCCGUCUAUACCAUCCGCCAAGGCAAGAUUUUGACGCCGGAGCAACAGUCCAACCCGGCUACUUUCGCCGAUUGUAUCCAUUGGUGCCUUCCCGGUUUACCCGAUACCUGGAAUGAGUUCCUUUAUACCCGUAUUCUCUCUCUAUCUUGACUUCCCUCAAUCCUCCUUUCUCCGUACAUUUUUCUUUCUCUUUCUUCUUUCUCCUUCUACAACUCCCCUUUCGUUUUGCCUCUCAACUUCCCGCCCUUUUCUGUUCUCUUAGUUUUCUUUUGUUACAGAUGAAGUUUUCUGUUACACGGUGCAAUCACCACUCAAUUGUAUAAAAAAAAAAAACAAA